GUAGAUAUUGAUGUUUAUUUGAGUUCAUCUGUAAACUAAAUAUUUUACAGAUGACUUUCCAAAUGUUUAAUAGUUGAAAGGAUUAUAACAAGUUUAGCUUUUAGUUUUAGAAGUGAUCUAACUUGCCAAAAUUAUUGAACCAAUACGUACCCUUCUUUCAGACAGAAAAUAAGCUUGAUUUCACAGCAACUUCAUUUAUUUCUCAUUGAAUUUAGUUUUAGAGUAAUAUUGCUACAGAUAAACUAAAUAUCAGAAAAGAUGUCGUAUGAGAAAAAACUAAAUAUCCUCAUAUUUACAGGGAUCCUUUCAUCUUUAGGAUGACUGGUAACCAUCAGGUCGUCGUUCACUAAAUUAUACGGUUAAACAGUUUUCAGCCAACAAUCAUACUUAAGUUCUGAUCCAUAAAGAAUGCUCCAGAAUCUUCUGUGGUAUUCUAUAUAUUAUUAAAAGAUGAACUUGCGUCCGGGAAAAGAAAAAAGAAAGGAUGAGUAAUCUUCUACCAAGAGCAAGGAGUAAAUUAGCUUCCUUAUUUUUGAGACAAAUUAUCAUCCGUAAUCAAGAUAAAUGAAUAAAUUUUCGUCCUUUACUAAGAUAAAAGGAUAUAAACUCGUCCUUUAGAGUGACCUAAACUCGUCCUAUGAAAAGAAAAAAUAAAAAAAACAGCAGAACAGAAUCUCGUUCUUCCGUAAUCGAGUUUUACUACAACUUAAUUCUACAUAAAUAUGAAAUAGAUCAUGACUAAGCAUUUUUGAGUUCUCAGUCCAACUUUUUAAGUUAUAGAUUAAUUUACCCUUUGAACGAAACGUCAAGGUUUCUAGUCUUAAAUGUUUCCCCUUCUUGUACAAAUAAUUCACAAACAAGUAGCAUAAUAUACUUCUCUUUGUACUAUCAUAACAUGAUUUUUACUUCUUUCAAGUAUAUGAUUUUCUUUUGUAGCAGAUGUAAAGACUGCAACUGUUUUAGUCCAUUGUGUUGUAUUCUUAUUUGUUUUGUCUUGUCAUAUCCUAGUUGUAAUGUACUUGUAUAUUUGUGAAUUUAAACUUUUCUUUGUGUUGUGAAGUUAAUUUAUGAGAAUAAAGUUUCAAGUUACAUAUUCUAAUCCUCCUCCCACUUCACAUUAGGGGCUUCGCCUUAAACAUACAAAAUACAGAUUCUAGUUUUUUAAGUUUUGUGAUUCAUAUAUUGCUGCACACCGUACACUGUAUAGGGUUAGGGAAGUUAUACACAUGCCUUAUGUACAGUGCAGUGUACACUGUACAGGUACAUAUUAAGUAACUACUAGCUGAAUGGUUAUGUAAUGUAUUGAUAAAACACGUGUCACCUGUACUUGUAAACUUUUUAUUAUUGUUACUUUAUUAUGAGGUUCUUAUCAGCUCUUGUGUUAUUAAUCUAGAUUCUUUUAAAUUUGUGCCCUAUACUUACUCAUGUGUUUUUGUUGUUUCAUGAUCAUAUAAAAUAUCAGUUUGUUUAAUAGGUUUCAGACAAAUAAACUAAAAUGGAAGAAAACGAGGUAUAUUUAGCGGCUCAGGAAAUCUUAGAGGGUAACCUUGACUUCCUUUUUCCCAACCUUGAUGGAGAGUACGUACUAACAGAUGAGGACGAGGUUUUGAGGAAGGACAUGAUGAUAGACGAGGACAUAUUUAUGGAGGACAAUGAGGACAAGACCUUACAGAAGGACGAGCGCAAUUAUCUAAGAAGCCAAGAGAAGAAAAUUGAAGAUAGUAAGAAGUUUUUAAAGGAUCAUCAGAGCCAAGAGAAGAACAUUGAAGAAAAUGAAAAUUUUCUCAAGAAUCUUAAGAGCCAAGAGAAGAUUGAAGUAGAUGAUAUGUUUCUAAUGGAUCUUAAGAGCCAAGAGAAGAAGAUUGAAUUAGAUGAUAUGUUUCUAAUGGAUCUUAAGAGCCAAGAGAGAAAGAUUGAAGAAGUCAAGAAUUUUCCCCAGAAUCAUAAGAGCCAAGAGAAGAAGAUUGAAAUAGAUGAUACUACUCAGAAGAAUCUUAAGAGGCAAAAAAAGGCAAUUAAAGAAAAUGAGGUCAUGAAGAUCAAGUCCCUGGAUGAAGAUAUCAAGAAGAGGGUUGAGAGUAACGAGGAUGAAGAUGUCAAGAAGAGGGUUGAGGGUAACGAGGAUGAAGAUAUCAAGAAGAGGGUUGAGGGUAACGAGGAUGAAGAUAUCAAGAAGAGGGUUGAGGGUGACGAGGAUGAAGAUAUCAAGAAGAGGGUUGAGGAUAACGAGGUGAAAGAACAAGAGUCUGGAGAGCAACUGAAGUUAAACCUGAAAGUGUCCGACGUCGAUCUAGGCACUUCUGACAUGAUUUUUCAUCAGAAUGACAUGCAACAAUAUGUACAAGGAGAAAAGUUGCCUGAGCUACCUAAAGAAGUUGCGGAAAUUUUAGAAUCUUCUGAACUCGUUGAAGAUGAAACUGAGAAAGUUUCAGAAACAAUCAAAGUUUUCGAAUAUGCAAAAGAACACGAGUCUGGAGAAAACUUACAACCUGCUAAAAAUAAAGAUUGUUUGGAUGAAUUAGACGAAGAAGAUUUGAGAGUCAGGAUUUUUGAGGAUAGUUCCAUGAAGAAGAGAGAAGCGCCAACCAAUAAUAUUCACUUCAACUCUCAUGAAGAGGAGGAAGCUAAGGAGGAUCUUAUUCCUGGGAUAGAAGGAUUUAUAGUGGAUAAUGUAGAUGAAACUGAAUGUUCAGAUUCUGAAUCCAACUAUUCUCCGAUCUCACCCUUCCUGUCCCUUCCACCAUCCCAGGAUUUCAAGAGCAUGUUUGUGCAGGACGAACCUGACUUCUCUCCGGGGAACGAAUCUGAGUUUGAGGAGACUCCAACCUUGUGUCUUACACCGGAGCCAAGUCCUAACUUUAACUUCGUGAAAACUCAAGGAUUGAUGAUGAGAGCCUUGACUCCUGAUUCUUCCUCGGACUGCUCUCCGUCCUACUCAACCAGAAAAAGAAAAAGAUCUGCUGCUACUAAACAACCCUACUCGGAGCAAAGUGAACCUAAACAAACUAAACUGAGUUCUGAACAGAUCCCUGAAACUUGGAUUGAGAAUAAGAAACCCAUCUUUCAGCACAGAGAGAAAGCGACGUUUAACGAGGAUGCUGAGAAUGAAUUAAGAAUUGUUCCAGACAGAAAUACCAGCACUGGAAUCAAUGUAGGAGUAAAAAAGAAGCUCAACCCCAUAAUUCGAAACAUGUCUACUAUGUCCCCGGAGUUUGGAGUAGUCCCAACCAUCUCGGAGCUUGGUUUAGGAUUCGAAAAGGGAGAACUGCAGGAGAUGAAUGAUCGUCACAUGUAUCCGGAAGAAAGUUUUUACUCAGAUGAAGAAAAAUCUGGCUUAGUUCUGAAGCAAAGAGAUACGGAAUGCCAGGAUUUAUCCAGAGAUGACAACGAUGAGGAUGAGGAUGGGUUCGGAGAUCUAGAUGAGGAUGAAGAGAAGUUCAAGAACCAGAACAUGAUCCCUCUAACCUUUGACUGCAGUCGGGAUCUAAUGAGAAAACUGGUUCAAGAUAUUACAGCUGAUGGGAUAAAAGAAGGACAAAGUAAGUAUAAGGACAAGUUUUAUCCAACAGGGCGGAGUAAGAACAGUUACAAUCAACCAGCCAAGGUUGAGGACGAGUGUUAUCAAUUGCAGAGAAGCCACAAUCAUCUAGAGCGGAAAAAGGAAAAGUUUAAUCAGACAGGACGGAUUGAGGACAGUUUGUAUCAACCUGACCGGAGUGAGAACAAUUCUUGUCAACCAGGACGGAGUAAGCAUGAUCUACAGGACAGGAUUUCAAUGAAGACAGAUAGCAACGGAUUAAGUAAAAUUCUCCUGGAAGCUGAAAUCCUUGAAUCAGAGUUUGAGAUAAAUGCUCAACGCAGCCACCCUCCAAGACUAGAUAAAAGUAGUAAUGUUUUUAAUGAUGUAAGCCAUGCCAAUGAAGAUACUGGAAACCAUAAUCUUGGAUAUGCUGGAAACCAUAAUCUUGGAUAUGCUGGAAACCAUAAUCUUGGAUAUGCUGGAAACCAUAAUAUUAAAGACACUGGAAACCAUGGUGUUGAAGGUACAGGAAACAAUGCUGGUAACCAUGAUAUUCAAGUUGCUGGAAAUCAGAUUGUGCAAGAAGCUCCAGUAUCCUCUGCCAGUUUGGAAACCUCUGGCGUCGACUCAAAAUCUGAAGAACUCUUGGUUUUAAGUUCUGGUAGCUCCGGAGUCCAAAUCUCUGGAGAAACUUGUCUGGGUUCAACCAAAACAGCAAAAACUAAACUAGACGAAUUAGAACAGUUUAUGAAAGAAACCUUGGCCUCGGAAUCUACUAAAAUCUUUGAAAACACACCUCAUAUUGAGGGAAAGAAUUGUUUAGAAAUCCCAAAAACUCUAAACAGAGACAAAGAUGACAUGGGACGAAUUUAUCCUAUAAGAAGCCAAAUUGAGCAGAACCCAUCAGUGCAAACCCCAGAGCUUUAUCCGUCCCAGGAAUAUGUGAAAAAUCAAGAGAAGAUUGUAGAGAGGAAUUUGAUAGUAAACCCUAUGCAACUCCUCAACCGACCGCCUAGGGUUGGAUUGUCAAGGAAUCAGGGAGGAUUGAACUCUCUCCAUCUAGAGAGAAGAUAAUCUGGUAUUCCCUUUAUCUAGAGAGAGAAGCUAAUCCUGAACUCUUUUUAUCUUGAUAGAGAAGAUAAUCUUGAACUCUUUUUAUCUUGAUAGAGAAGAUAAUCUUGAACUCUUUUUAUCUUGAUAGAGAAGAUAAUCUUGAACUCUUUUUAUCUUGAUAGAGAAGAUAAUCUUGAACUCUUUUUAUCUUGAUAGAGAAGAUAAUCUUGAACUCUUUUUAUCUUGAUAGAGAAGAUAAUCUUGAAAGCUCUUCAUCUAGAGAGAAGAUAAAACUCUCUUUAUCUAGAGAGAAGAUAAUCUUAAACUCUCUUAAUUUAGAGAGAAGAUAAUCUUGAAUUCUCUUUAUCUAGAGAGAAGAUGGUCUUUUUCUUUUAUUAAAUAAAUAUGAAAUAUGAUGUAGUCGAGACCUUUUUGUUAAUAUCUAAAUCUUAGUGUUAAAACAUGAAUAAUCUUUGAAUUGUGAAUUGAUUUUAAAAAAAAGAUAACUAAUGUGUUUGUUAAUUUCUCAUUUUGUAAAAUUAAAAAUUACUUUUAUCAUAUAAUU